GGCGGAUGGUCUGCGAGUCUGCACAGCCAAGCAAUUGAAACGAUUGAAAUUGACAGGGCGCUAAAUAGUGUCAAGUCGCUGUAAAGUUCAGCCAAAUUACCCGCAGCACCGCCGUUAGCCUCCGCCUGUGCUUUACUCCACAGCGGGGAGACCAGUUUGGACAGCAUGCACCUCACGGCUGAAAGCAUAUCGGCAAAACUCGCCCAGGUUGACGUAGAACUGCUGGGAGAGGAGAGGCAGCUGACUUUCAUGAAACGUGGAUGGUUGGUGACCGGACCAAGGAAGAACCCAUUCAAUUUUGUUGAUCUGCACAAAAGGUUCACACUGGAACCCAACAAGUGGACAGUGAGAUGAAGCUUGAGUGAUGUUUCCUCAUGGCGUGGAACUCUUAUAUGCAACCACAGAAGGGUACCAGUGAUGGCAAAGCAGAAAGGUGAUGUCGACCUUGGAACCGGAAAUGGAACUUUGCUGCGACACAGAAAAGAGACGGUGUUCAGUGCAGUAGCAAGGCAAAUUCCAGCAAUACAUAACUCCCUCAUGUGUCAGUAUCACCCUUUUGUUCCCUCUCCUUUAUGUCUCUAUCAACCAUCUGCAAUGGUUUGUCGACACACGAAGUCUCAAGAGGGAUGGAGGGGGGGGGGGGGGGGGGGGCUGCAGGGGCGUCGCCAGCUACGCCCCCCUGCUCAUCAGCUGCAGCGGUUUCGGGGAUGGAAGUGAGAGGGCGAGAGAGAGAGCGCACAAAGGAGAAGGAAGACACCAAAGGAGGAGGAAGACUGCGCAAUCUCCGCCCACCGACCUCUGAUCCUUCCUUCCUUUACGUAGAGUAAAGAGAAAAAAGGCGAGAGUAAAGUAUCAGAAACAAGCAGGACACGCGAGAGAGCAAAGACGAGGAAGGAAGGGAGGGAGCCAGUCAGCCAGCAGCAAAACCACCAUGGCAGUAUCCACAGCGUCUCCACUCCCGAUCGUGUCCGAGCAGCGCACACCUCAACCCGGGUCGACCGCGGCACGGAGCCCGCAGGCGCACGGCGAGACGCAGCUGAGUCCAGAUGAAUGAGCAGCGGGCAAACAUGAGGGUCAUCUUCAUCCAAAACGCCGGUUUCGUCGCAGCUUUCUCGACUUGUCGAUGUGAGUCAGUGAUGUUGGCAGCGUUCAGGAGCACAGAUGAUGCGAGCGAGCCCCAAAUGACGCACGGACAGACCUUACUAGUCGAUUGAGGAGUAGCCCAUGUGAUAUAUAUAUAUAUAUUAUUAGAGGCACAUUAUAGACUAUAUAUCAUCUUUAAGUCGAAUGAUCGUCUGAAUUAAUAUUAUAAUACGUUAUUAUUACACAAUUAAUAUCCCCUUUUAAAUGAAAUAAACGUCUUUUUUUGUAGACUUUUGUAUGCUAAGUAGAUGGUUAAAUAGCGUCGUUAAAAUGACGGAGUAAGCGCUCUCUGUAGGAUCCAUUUUUUUUAUUUUUAAGACGAUCUGGAAACGUUUGCUUCCACGUGGACGAAUAUGACAAGUAGCUUGCGUGUUAUUCCUUGUAAUUUAUUUAUUUAUUAAUAUUAUUAGGCCUAUAAGUAUUAGUCUAUAUUAUUUUUGUUUAGUGCUAGCUAGCCAGUGAUUUAUAAUAACACGCGCGUUAGACUAGUGAGAUGGAGACCGCGCACUUGGCGCCCCGCCGGGGGGCGAGCCGCUGCGAGCCCCCCGGCGGAGGCCAAAGCUGCGGAGGCGAGCCCCGUCCUUCAUCGCUGCACGCCGGACGCUCACCCGAGGAAUCCCCGACUGGCAGCGAUGGCGGCCGGAGGAAUCCCGGCGUGAAGAAACACCACCACAAGCACAACCUGAAGCACCGCUACGAGUUGCUGGAGACGCUGGGGAGAGGCACGUACGGCAAAGUGAAGAAGGCCAUUGAACGCCACUCCGGCAGAGAGGUGGCGAUCAAGUCUAUUCGGAAGGAGAAGAUCAAGGACGAGCAGGACAUGGUUCACAUCCGCCGCGAGAUCGAGAUCAUGUCAUCACUCCGCCACCCGCACAUCAUCUCUAUAUACGAAGUGUUCGAGAACAAAGACAAGAUCGUGAUCGUCAUGGAGUACGCCAGCAAGGGCGAGCUAUACGACUACAUCAGCGAACGGCGGCGCCUGAGCGAGCGAGAGACGAGACACUUCUUUAGGCAGAUAGUCUCCGCUGUGCACCAUUGCCAUAAGAAUGGAGUGGUGCACAGGGAUCUGAAACUGGAAAAUGUGCUACUGGAUGAAAACUGUAAUAUUAAGAUUGCUGACUUCGGCCUGUCCAACCUCUACCACAAAGACAAGCUGCUGCAAACUUUUUGCGGUAGCCCGCUCUACGCUUCACCAGAAAUCGUCAACGGGAGGCCAUACCGCGGGCCGGAGGUGGACAGCUGGGCACUGGGGGUGCUGUUGUACACACUGGUGUACGGAACAAUGCCAUUUGACGGAGGCGACCACAAGAACCUCAUUCGCCAGAUUAGCAACGGUGAUUACAAAGAGCCCACACAAUCCUCAGAUGCGCGGGGUUUGAUCCGCUGGAUGCUAAUGGUGAACCCAGAGCGCCGAGCCACCGUGGAGGACAUCGCCAAUCACUGGUGGGUGAACUGGGGCUGGAAGAACAGCGUGUGCGACUGCAACGCCCAGCAGGACCGCGGCGGCUCGCCCAUGCUGGCCCGCUUCAUCGACUGGCAGAACCGCACUGAGCCACGCGGUCCUGCCUCCAAGCCAACCGCCUUGCCCCAACUACUGCGCCAGAGGCCCAAAAAAUAUAAGAAGGAAAAUGUGGAGGAGGGCGGCCAGAAGCACAGUGGCGGCGAAGACAAACCGGGACUGAAGAGACCCAAAGGCAUCCUAAAGACCAGAGUGGCAGGGGAGCAGCAGUCAGCCGCUGCGGAGGAGGGCCAGACGGCGGGGCCUGAGCAGGCAGAAGGCGGUGGCGAGGCCUCGAGUCCAGAUCGAGAAGAAGAAGACACGCCUUUCGGGGGAGGCUCGCCGGCAAAGAUGGUGCCCACCCUACCCAAAAAAGGCAUCUUGAAGAACAACCAACAACGGGAAUCAGGGUACUACUCCUCCCCCGAGCGCAGUGAGUCUUCCGAGCUCCUGGGUGGAGCCAGCAUGACUCUGCUCUCCACCUCACCACCCAAGAGAGCCAUGGGAAGAAAGGGCAUCUUGAAACGCAACGGCAAGUACUCCACCUACAGCGGACCACCCUCGGCAGCGGCCUUGGCGGCCGGGGGAGCCCUCGGCGAGCCCCCUUCCGCCGCCGACUCGGGCCUAACGCGCAGUCAGAGUCGGCCAUCCAGCAUCGUUGGGGAGGACGGCUCCAACAAGGCCGCCGAGUGGCACCCCUCCACACCGCACUUGCGCUCCAACAUUAGAGCGUGCGUGUCGGCCGAGAACCUGCUGCACCUGGCCAACUUCACGGGCUUCCAGCCGGCGUCCGCGGCGCUCCAGGGCCCCAAAUUUGGCCGCAGCCCCAGAAGUAAAGGCUCCCCGCAGGACAAUGGCAGCUUCUCGUUGCUGGGGGACCUGGAGGACAUGACUCAGGUGUACCAGCAAGCCCUGGACAUCAGCAGCAACCUCACCUAACACAUGGGACAGGAAGCACAACUCUGUGUGUGUGUGUGUGUGUGUGUGUGUGUGUGUGUGUGUGUGUGUGUGUGUGUGUGUGUGUGCGUGCGUGUGUGUGCGUGUGCGCGUGUGUGUGUGUAUUUAUGAGGCAUUAACGACCAGUGUGUUUCUGGGAUAUGUAUUCGAUGAGGUUUUCCAAACAGGGCUGAAAUCUUGAUGGAAUUGUUAGGCUAACACACAGACGCACACACACUGAUAAGUGUACUACGGAAGGGUAUUGCUGCCACACGCACACACAAAAAAGGCUCAGUAUCAUGUAAUUACAUGAAAAAUAUCAUGUUAAGUUUGUGUGAAGCGUUUAUUACAACAAUAUCUUUCCAGGUUAUAACGUGAACUUAUCAUGGUAUUUAAAGGUAUGAUAUGAGCCACUGAGAUCUAGACUAAUUCCAUUUUGUUUUGGAGCAGGGAAGUGAUUUAAAGUUUUAUUCCUGCUGUCCAAUGGCUGCCACUAAAAGAUUGUUGCAAUGUGAUCCAAGUCCAAAACAUCUGUCAAAUCUAUCUAUAUUUCUUGAGCGAUGAUGAUUCAGAUUCACUUAUACUAACAUGCAGAUGCACUGGCACCCAAGCUAACAAUAGUGCUGAGUGCAAUAAUGGGCUGCCUCCUAAAUGUUAAAAUUGGAACUAAACCUUGAUGUGGACCAUUAUCCUUCUGAAAGAUAAGCCUCUUCUCUAUUCAUGUCUGCACUUAACUUAAAAAUGACAAAAAUUGUGUUUGCCCACUCAAGUUCUCAGUGCCUCAGAUGUAGCCUUCCAUGAUCAAUGAGGAACAACGCUACCUCAAGAGGGUCUGAUCCAUUCUUUCUUCGAUACAACUCCACGCAUUUCAAAAUCUUCUUAAGAGUAUGCAUAGUGAUAACAUAAUAAUAACAGUGGAAUUUAGGUUGAAUUAUGUAAACGAGACAUUCUUGCUUUACACCUCUAUCAUUUAACGUUCCCCAUUAAUCUUUUUUUAUAACUUGAAAAUAUAUCUUGAAACAACGUGGCAAGUUCACGUGACAAUGUGAAAAAGAUAUUUUAGAACAAAAACUUAAUAACGAAACUGAGCCUUUUUUUUUAUUGUGAGGCAGCAAUACGCUCCUGAAAAUCCAUCAGGGCUUUUAUGAACAGAAUCGCACACACAAUGCCACCCAAGUGUGUUUCUCAGCCCCCGCUCCCAUGCCCUGCCCACAUUGCCACCUCGCUGCGUUUCCACCUUUACACACUUGACAUGUAGCGCAGAAUCUCCCCCCCCCCCCCACCCUCCCCAUACACACACACACACACACAAAUCUGGUCGUCCGUUUACAAAAGCACCUUAAAAAACUCACACGAAGCACACAAGCUUUUGUGAUCUUGACUUUUUUUUUUUUCUUUUGUUUUUGGAAGACAUGAUUUUAAAAAAACUAAACAAAAAGAAACAAACCAGGGUCUUAUUCCAAAAAGUUGCUGAUUUAUUUAUUAAUAUUUGCAUCGCUUUUUUGUUGUUGUGCAAAACUUGACGGGUGUUUGCUGUUACUGGAGUCCACACUCUUUAUGUGCAGAUCUGAUGUAUAGAAUUAUUAUUAUUAAUGAUAAAACAGACACUAUAUAACCGUUCGUCUGUGCAUUGUAUAUUCAUAAGAGGCUGUGUGUACUUUGGGUGGGAAUCGCAGAGUCAGUCGUGACAUCACAAUAUGGCGAUAGCGUGAUUAUGGAUACAUUGGAGUAAAAGCAGGUGCGAUACAUCCCAGUAAUGAUGGAACUGAGAAUGGGAAAACGAAUGUCAUUCACAUCAUAGCAAUAAUGGAUCCAGCUGUAUCUAUAUUGUAUCCUGCCCCUAUUGUGUGCGACAGUUAGUGAAUAUGUAGGACGUGCCUUUUUAUGCAUAACACAAAAAUGUUUAUAUUUCUUACGUUGGUAUGGAGCGACUCACCUGUGCUCUUUUGCCUCGGUUUGGAUUGGUUUGUGUGGCUGCCCCCUAGAGGCCUGGAAAUGCACCCACUAUCACAAUGCAUUUCUGAUGUUUUGCCAUAUUUCUUUGUUUAUUUAAAGUCAUGAUUAACGUGAGUGUGUUUUAUUUUUUCCAAAGACUUUGUAAUUGUCAGCCUGGUAAUGAGUCUACCCAAAGCGCCAUCAGUACGACUAAACCAGGGGUACGUAACCUAUGACCACGGUAGUGUUUUAACUGGUCUGCCUUGCCAUUUCAAAAACAAAUAAAACCUCAGAGGAAUAAUAAUGACUAUUUAGUUGAUUAUCAGAUCAUAAUUAGGCCACUGAGGACUGGAGUGGGCCAACUCCAUUUGGUGCAAUAGUGGUCCAGGUCCAAACAUCUGUUUUAUCUGUCGAUAUUCCAUGAAAGUUGAUAAAUAACAUUCGCUUAGACUAACAAGCAGGUGCACUGGCACUCAAGCUUCUAAAAGAAAUGCGUUAAACGACUGCCCUAUAUGCCAAAAUUGGAACUAAAGAAUGAUUUAAAACUCCAUUGAUCUGAAAUAUAUGGCUACUUUUGUCUUAUCAUUUCUGCAAUUGACCUGACCAAUGAUCAAAAUAGAGUUAGCCCACUUUUGUACUCAGUGGCUUAACCCUCACCCCCGACCCACUGAGCUAAACAAAGCUACCAGGUGGUUUGUUUAAACAUGCUGCUGACUAAGCCAAACGUUAGCCCUCGCUGGGCACAGGUGGGGGUGCGGCCCUCCGGCUGUGUACACUGGUCUGCUAUGUCGAGCGAGCACAAUUAGCCAGCUAUUGUUCGAGAGGAAGUUGAUAUGAGGGAAUAGAGGAAAGUGAAGAGAGAGCAAAGGGAAUUUUCUGGGAUUUUUUUUUUUUCUGUGGAAGGACUUGUGAGGUCGUUGUAAUAGAUUAGCGAAAGCGAGUGAGAAAGUGCACGGAAUGUUCUCCAACCAAAGAUGUGAGCAAGCUUUGACAUAAUUCACAGGAGCGAGGGAGUAACGAGGACCCCCCCCCGGGAAUCCCCAGCCGCCGCCGGCGUAUGAAAUCAUCCCGGCAUUGGCGUUACCUCACAUUUAGUUGUAUUUCCCCCACCACACCCUCACCUGGAGGCUGUUGAUGCAGCUUUAAAACUGCAAAUGGGAGACUUUUGAUUGACACCAUCCCUAAAAAAGUUUCGGAAUGAUGUGACUGGAAAAGCACGUGGUGACGGCGAGGAAAUCAAUCCCGCAUUGAAUGAAUGUUGUGGUGUGAAAGAAGGCUCCUGGGGUACUGGUCCCAAAAAAAAAGACACAGUGCGAAUUGUAUUGCAUUCUAUUGCCUUUUUUUAAUUUUAUUUUAUUUUUGUAUUAUUCUUGUUAACUGGAUUUACAGUGAUCAGAUUAUACUAUGUUAGUAUUUUUUCUUGUAUUAUGCUUCUGUUUUUGAUUUUACAAAAUAUAAGAACUUUGUUUUCUCUUUUUUUUAAUAGCACAGCUGGAAAUGAGUUUUUAAUUAAUUUCGGUAAAUUCGGUCACAGUUUUCCACUUCGUUGGGUCACUACCACCUUGAAUAAACAAAAAGAAAAAGUUAUUUACCAAAGCACACGUGUCCAAAAUGCUGGAAGAACAAAGACGAUGACGUGUGAUUAUGAAACUGGAAUAAUAUCUGUUAGUGAGCAAGAAAGUGGAAUCAUAGGAAAACUUGACUGGAUAUUGUUAUGACAAUAAUAAGAAUAAAUUAGUAUUAUUAUGUUAUUUAAGUAUUCUUUUUUCUUUUGUGGCUCAUUACUCUUGUUGCCAUGAUUUUUAUUUUAUUUUUGGGUGAUCCUGGACUGCCAAGGUGGAUUAAGAUGUGUGCCUUUAUCUUUUAUGUACUUUUUUUUUUUUUUUGGAUCAUGCAAAUGAUUAUCAAUGUGUUUUUUUUUUUACGUGUAUUUAUUGGUGAUCAAGCCAUUUACAGUCAUACUAUAUGGCCUGUUUUGGGAAACAAUUUAUGUUUCACGUCUGCAUCAUCUCAUUGUGAAGGCGACAAAUCGAGUUCAACUGUGCAACUCCUGUAAAAAAAUGUCUUAUUAAUCUUUUCGGUCAUCGUUCAGCACAGUAUGUACUGUGCUGAAACUACAAAUCAAUAAAUGGAUGUGGAACAACAAUA